AAAAGUAAUAUAAACAAUGAAGUUACGAACCCCAAAAAUAAACAAUAAAAAAUAAAAUGGCAUCGCUCUAGAAACUCUUUCUCUUCUCUAUCGUUGACGCAAAAGCACAAAGCGGUUUCUUUGUUUCUAAAAGAUGCUUCCGUUUCAAUUUUUAAAGCAAUGAAAUACCUGGAAAGGAGAGUCUAAAAUCCCCAAGCCUCAAGCAACAGCAUACCAACAGCAGCGCUUUUUCGUAUUAGAAAAACGUCUUCAUUUCAAGUCGUAUUCAGGCAAUGGCGGAGUCGUCUAGGGAAGACCUAUUUCAGCUGAUCAAACGUUUUGGAGCUUAUCUCACUGUCAAGAUGUCCAGUUUCUUCUCUCUCAACAACUUGGAUUCACGAUCAGUCGGGGCUAUUGCAGGGCUUGCCCUUGCAAUAGUCUUUACCUGGCGGAUGUUUAGAUCACCUAGUGGACCUCAAAGGAGGCCACCAAAACGACAAGCUCCUACAACCAGUAAUUCAAUUGCCAGCCCUCAGUCUAAUACGACUCUGAUACCUGUCGGAAUUAGUUCACCACCUGAAGAUUUAAGAGCACAAAAUGUUGUCGAUGAGUUCUUUCAACCAGUAAAGCCAACUUUGGGGCAAGUAGUUAGGCAGAAACUAAGUGAAGGAAGAAAGGUGACAUGCCGUUUGCUUGGAGUAGUCCUUGUGGAAAGCAGUCCAGAGGAGAUCCAGACCCAAGCAACCGUGCGGUCAUCUGUGCUGGAGGUUCUUUUGGAGAUCACGAAGUUUUGCGAUCUCUAUCUUAUGGAAAGAGUACUUGAUGAUGAAAGUGAAAAAAAGAUUCUUGUGGCUUUGGAAAAUGCAGGAGUUUUCACUUCAGGAGGUUUGGUGAAAGAUAAGGUUCUCUUUUGUAGCACAGAGAUAGGGCGGUCAUCUUUUGUUCGGCAGCUGGAGCCAGAUUGGCAUGUUGACACAAAUCUUGAAAUCAUUUCACAAUUAGCUAGAUUUAUCAAAUAUCAACUCUAUGUUUCGCCCACCAGACCUGAAAGAAGUGCUUCAAACGUUUUCAGUUCUCCGUCAUUGGAACAGUUCUUUGGAUGUUUAUGACAGUAGAAGCAGUAAAAUUGUAAAAACUCUCAUCUUUUUCUCUACAUGUAUUCCGGCUCAGUAGAAAAAUUAUCAGGCACUGUCCUGAAGUUGAUGGGUCUGAGAUGAAGAGAGAAGGCUUCAUUUGUUUGAAAUCUGUGAAAUAGGCUUUGACAACUGGAAAUCUCAUAAUUAUGUCUGUAGUUGAUAUUGGUUAAAGAGUAUGCUAAUUAUCAACAAUAAUUUUGGUGUCCAAUAAUGCAGUUGUUGUGAAUUUAUCCUUC